AUGAUCCUCAUUGAUGGGAUGAUCCUCAUUGAUGAGCCCAUCCCCAUUGAUGAGCCGAUCCCCAUUGAUGAGCCGAUCCCCAUUGAUGAGCCCAGCCCUGUUGAUGAGCUCAACCCCAUUGAUGGGAUGAUCCCCAUUGAUGAGCCCAUCCCCAUUGAUGGGACGAUCCCCAUUGAUGAGCUGUUCCCCAUUGAUGACCCGAUCCCCAUUGAUGACCCGAUCCCCAUUGAUGGGAUGAUCCCCAUUGAUGAGCCCAACCCCAUUGAUGACCCGAUCCCCAUUGAUGACCCGAUCCCCAUUGAUGAGCCCAGACCCAUUGAUGACCCGAUCCCCAUUGAUGAGCUGAUCCCCAUUGAUGAGCCCAUCCCCACCGAUGGCUGCCUGCCCUCCCGGGGCCGCCCUGUGCUGCUAACGAGGUGGGUCCUGUUGGGUUCACGGAGCGCUUUGAUCGGCCAUGGGGAGUCCUGGGUGGGGUGGGGGCUGUUUGAGCGGGGUGGGCAAUGGGGAACGGAGGGGGAGUGGGAGAGGAGGCAUCAACCAGGACCUGGGGCUGCCAGGACAGGAUGCAUCCAACAGGACCUGGCAGGGCCGCGCCCGCGGGCGCCUAUAAAAGGGGCGCGGGGCGCGGAGCGGCACUUCCCGGUCCCGCCCGGCCCGGCACCACCUCGGGCCGUCCCACCGCAGCCCGGCAUGGCCCGCUACCGGCGCAGCAGGACCCGCAGCCGCAGCCGCCGCCGCCGCCGCUCCCGCCGCCGCCGCAGCUCCCGACGCCGCCGCUACGGGAGGUCCCGGCGCUCCUACCGCUCCGUGGGGAGACGACGCCGCCGCUACGGGAGACGCCGCCGCCGCCGCCGCCGCUAUUGAGCCGACACCGACACCGGCACCGGCACCGGCACCGCCACGCCGCGUCCCACCCGCGGCCCCGCGCUGCCGCUCCGCCAAUAAACUGCCGUGGCACCGGG